AUGUCUUGCCCGCGACCACCUCCCCUCGACCUCACUCAUCUCCCGCCAACACCACCCGCGACUCCCGACAAACAGCAACAACAUCCCCUCACCUCCACCUCUCCCAGUACAGCCUCGUGGACGCCACUCAAACCAAAGAGCGUUCGAUUCGCUCUUCCAGCUCCUCAAGCCCACAAAUCCAAGACAUUGUACCACACGUCCUCGAUCUUCAACGCCGACUACCUCCGCCGCAAGCCCAAGCCCAAAGCCAAGAGAAUCCCCACUAGGCCCUACAACGCUUCACUCAACCGGCUCACAGAGAGAUACUAUGUCUUUGUGCAGUCGCUUUGCGACCCAGAGCUUUCCAGUCCCAGGUUCGACGUCGUUGAUAACAAGCUCGUCUCAGAGAGCAACAGAGGCAUUCUCGCACCUCCUCCAUCCCCAAUGUCUCUCAUCUCCCCCGUUCGAGGUAUUGAAGCCCAAAUCCAACAGCGCAAAGCCCUUCAGGUCAUCAGGGACGAUGCCCACGCCUUGGUCUACAAGCCUUUGACAGCCAUAGCGCCCGUGCUUACUCUUCCGUUUUUGCCGAGCCAGCAGGCAGCAAAGAAGGUGAGGGGGCUGUUGAAGCGGGCGAAGAGAGCGUUGAUGGCGUUGGAAGCUUUGUUGACCUCCGAGGUUUCAGACUCCGAUUCGGAUGAGAAGAUGGAGAUGGGUAUGGACGUUAAUCGAGAUCGGGAGCUUGCCAAUGUUGAGAGUGGCAAUCGUAUGGACCUCGAUCAUCAGGGGGGAUUCUCAGAAAAUAAUGGCAAAGGAGAGGAGGGAAAUGGAGGCGAUCCAGGACGGUGUGGCGACAAUGAGUCUCUAAUGGUGCGUGAACUUUCGCAGCCGCGUGCAUCUGGUCGCAAGGCACCCGAGGGAUUACCAAACGCUGGACUCUGCACUUUCACUUAUCGGGAGGAUUUCGAGGAAGAGGCGCACCAUGAUAUCGCCCGUAGCGAGGAGCAGGCUCAAGAUGAAGCAGCGCUGACUAGCCUGGGCGGGUUCAUGGGCAUUUGA